CACACACACACUCGACACACACACACACACACACACACACGCACACACACGAUUUCUUUUCAAGGUUAUAAUUGGACAACUCCCCCAUCUGUCCGACUGCUAUCACAAUCGUCAGUGUCUCCUCCUCCCAGCAGCAACAGAAGCAGCGGCUCUCUAUUUCAGUGGAGAACAACAACGAUUUGGAACAUACAGCCGGUUCCGUAUGGAAAGCACCGUCGCAAGCGGCGGUCCAGCGAGUUACUGGCGGCUUUAGAUUGAUAGCCCAGGCUGCAGGAUGGUCUCCGUGUACACCUCCUGGCCGUGGAUUACAUUGUACCUUCAUUUAUGUUCCGUAUUAAACCCAGGGGAAGCGCAAACUGCAAAAGAAGUGGUUCUGUUGGACUCCAAGGCACAGCAGACAGAACUAGAGUGGAUCUCCUAUCCUCCCAAUGGGUGGGAAGAGAUCAGCGGCUUGGACGAGAGCUACACACCCAUUCGCACCUACCAGGUUUGCAGAGUCAUGGAGCCCAAUCAGAAUAACUGGCUUCGGACUAACUGGAUCGAAAAGCGCAAUGCCCAGAGAAUUUUUGUGGAGCUGAAGUUUACCUUAAGGGAUUGUAACAGUUUACCUGGUAUGGUGGGAACCUGCAAGGAGACUUUCAACUUGUAUUACCAGGAAACCGAUUCAGAGGUGGGUAGGAGUAUGCAAGAGACCCAGUAUGUUAAAAUUGACACCAUUGCAGCAGAUGAAAGCUUCACUCAGGGCGACCUCGGUGAGAGGAAGAUGAAGCUCAACACUGAAGUGCGCAUAAUUGGCCCCCUGUCCAGGCAGGGCUUUUACCUGGCCUUUCAAGACGUCGGGGCAUGUAUCGCCCUGGUCUCUGUCAAAGUUUAUUAUAAGAAGUGCUGGUCCAUCAUCGAGAACUUGACCAUAUUCCCCGACACCGUGACGGGAUCAGAGUUCUCCUCCCUGGUGGAGGUUGAGGGAAUAUGCGUAAACAAUGCGGAGGAGGAGGCUGACAACUCUCCGAAGAUGCACUGCAGCGCUGAAGGGGAAUGGCUGGUGCCCAUUGGGAAAUGCAUAUGUAAAGCAGGAUUUCAUCAGAAAGGAGACGCAUGCGAACCGUGCGGUCGCGGUUACUACAAAACCUCUUCCCAGGAUCUCCAGUGCUCUCGCUGCCCAAUGCACAGCUUUGUUGACCGUGAGGGCUCCCGGCGCUGUGACUGUGAUGACGGCUACUACCGAGCUUUCUCUGACCCUCCUUCUGCAGCCUGUACAAGACCUCCUUCGGCCCCACAGAAUCUAGUCUACAACAUCAACCAGACAACGCUUAGUCUGGAGUGGAACCCACCGGCCGACACCGGUGGCCGCAAUGAUGUCACCUACCGGGUUCGCUGCCAACAUUGCAGCUGGGAACCUGAAGAAUGUAAACCAUGUGGACCUCAUGUGGGAUACUUCCCCGCACAGUCACAAUUAGUGGACACAUACGUGAACGUCGUUGACCUCUUGGCCCAUGCGAACUACACUUUUGAGGUGGAGGCUGUCAAUGGGGUGUCUGAUCUAAGCCGCACGCAGAGGCUGUUUGCUACAGUUAGCAUCGCUACUGGACAAGCAGCAGCACCAUCAAUCGUCGGUGAGGUCAUCAAAGAAAAAGUGCAGCAGCGCAGCAUCCAGCUUUCAUGGCAGGAGCCCCGACAACUCAAUGGGGCCAUCACAGAAUAUGAAAUUAAAUAUUAUAAAAAAGAUCAGAAGGACCGAACCUAUUCCACAGUCAGGGCCAAAUCCACAUCGGCAACCGUGAACAAUCUGAAGCCCAGUACAGCCUAUGUUUUCCAGAUAAGAGCCUUCACACAGGCAGGAUAUGGAACUUUUGGACCAAGAAUGGAGAUAACGACAAAGGAAGAGGAAACCGCUGCAAUUGUCUCCAGCGAGCAGAACCCUGUAAUCAUAAUAGCGGUGGUCGCAGUGGCAGGAACCAUAAUCCUGGUGUUCAUGGUCUUUGGCUUUAUCAUCGGGAGAAGGUACGCUCUCUCAGGCCCCGUUGACUCCCCACUUUUGCACUGCGGGUACAGUAAAGCGGAUCAAGAGGGAGAUGAGGAGCUUUACUUUCAGUUUAAAUUUCCAGGCUCCAAAACUUAUAUUGACCCCGAAACCAACGAGGACCCAAAUAGGUCUGUUCAUCAAUUUGCCAAGGAGCUGGAUGCGUCCUACGUUCAAAUUGAAAGGGUUCUUGGAGCAGGACAGUUUGGAGAGGUGUGCAGCGGCCGGCUCAAAGUACCUGGAAAGCGGGAUGCUGCAGUGGCCAUCAAAACAUUAAAAGUGGGUCACACAGAGAAGCAGAAAAAGGACUUCCUGUGUGAGGCCAGCAUUAUGGGACAGUUUGACCAUCCCAAUGUUGUGCAUCUUGAGGGAGUAGUGACAAGAGGAAAACCUGUGAUGAUAGUGACAGAGUUCAUGGAGAAUGGCUCAUUAGAUGCCUUCCUUCGAAUACAUGAUGGUCAGUUCACAAUCAUUCAGUUGGUUGGGAUGCUGCGGGGCAUAGCAUCGGGGAUGAGAUAUCUCGCCGAUAUGGGAUACGUCCAUCGAAAUCUGGCUGCUCGUAACGUCCUUGUCAACAGCAAUCUUGUAUGCAAAGUGUCUGACUUUGGUCUUUCCAGGACGAUAAAUGACGACCCUGAGGCUGUCUACUCAACUACGGGCGGAAAAAUAUCAGUCCGAUGGACUGCUCCAGAAGCCAUCCAGUUCCGUAAAUUCACCUCUGCGAGUGACGUGUGGAGUUAUGGCGUUGUCAUGUGGGAGGUGAUGUCUUUUGGAGAAAGGCCAUACUGGGACAUGUCUAAUCAAGAUGUCAUGAAAGCUUUAGAGGAGAGCUACCGUCUUCCAGCCCCGAUGGACUGCGCCCCAGGCCUCCAUCAGCUGAUGCUGGAUUGUUGGAAGAAAGACAGAGGAGAACGCCCCAAGUUUGAUCAGAUAAUCAGCAUUCUUGACAAGAUGAUUCGGAACCCCAACACACUAAAAACACCGGUCGGAACGUGUACAAGUCCACUGUUAGGUCAGAGCGUAUCCAACGUCAGCGCCUUCCACUCAGUGGAAGAGUGGCUGGUCGCCAUCAAGAUGGAGCGAUACAGAGACAACCUCACCGCAGCUGGCUACAUUUCCCUGGAAUCUGUGGCCAGGAUGUCAACUGAGGAUGUCGUGCGGUUGGGUAUUACACAAGUGGAACAUCAGAAAAAGUUGAUGAGCAGCAUUCAGACAAUGAGAGCUCAGAUGUUCCACCUUCACCAUACAGGUGUUCAGGUCUGAUGACAGCAAACACAGAUGAAAUGUCUGAAAUGGAACCUCGUUUGACUCAGAAUACAGGACAUCUGAUAUCAUACUCCUGGAGCUGCACCCAGAGUGGAAAAAAAAAUGGACAGCAAGUAGAGGAAGAAAUGCAAAAACCACCAAAAGCAAUCUCUCUUAUUUUCUUUUUUUUUUUUCUUUUCAAAUGAACACAUAUCAAUUGCAUUGAAAACAAUGGUUUUAACUU